CCAAGAAGAGGGACGGAUGAUAACUUAUCAGCCGACCUGGAUUAGAGGAUAAAAACGCCAAAUCUUUGUUUCAUUUUGUUUCAUUUUUUUUCAUUCACACACACCUGCAUUAAGACAAGCAGCUUGCAUCGGCAUCCACUUUACACUGAUCAUGGAGGUAAUCACACCCUUCCGGACCUUCUACAACCUGUUUGACAAGAUGAAGACUAAUAAUGAGCAGUGCCCCAAUAUUUUGAAUAGACUUGAAGCGUUGCAGGAACUAGUGGUGUUCGUCCAACAGAAGAAGCCAGACCAACUCUCUAAAGAUGUGAGCAAAGCUUUGGAGAAACUUACUACCAUUCUGGAAUCAGCGAAGGAGGUGCUCGAAAAAUUCAACAAGCAAAAUGUGAUGACUCAGAUGGUGAAAUCCGGCGACUACAAAUUACAGUUUGACAACCUGAACAAAAGUCUCACUGAUGCCUUUGUGACUCUCUCUGGGGCUCUGCAUGUCCACCAGGAGGAGAAGCUGGACGAUCUGGAGAAGAAGCUGGCCGAACAGGAGAACAAACUGGCCAAACAGGAGAAGGAGCAAGUCAAACAGGAGAAGAAGCUAGUCAAACAGGAGAAGAAGCUGGCCGAACAGGAGAAGAAGCUGGCUGAACAGGAGAAGAAGCUGGCCGAACAGGAGAAGGAGCAAGUCAAACAGGAGAAGAAGCUGUCUGAACAGGAGAAGAAGCUGGCCGAACAGGAGAAGGAGCAAGUCAAACAGGAGAAGAAGUUGGACGAACAGGAGAAGAAGCUGGCCAAACAGGAGAAGGAGCAAGUCAAACAGGAGAAGAAGCUGGCCGAACAGGAGAAGGAGCAAGUCAAACAGGAGAAGAAGCUGGCCGAACAGGAGAAGAAGCUGGCCGAACAGGAGAAGGAGCAAGUCAAACAGGAGAAGAAGCUGGCCGAACAGGAGAAGGAGCAAGUCAAACAGGAGAAGAAGCUGUCUGAACAGGAGAAGAAGCUGGCCAAACAGGAGAAGGAGCAAGUCAAACAGGAGAAGAAGCUGGACGAACAGGAGAACAUACUUGCUGAACAGGAGAAUAAGUCGCAUGAGCAGGAGAAGAAGUUAGCCAGGCAGGAGAGGAUGCUGGCGGAACAGGAAGACAAGCUAGCAGAGCAGGAGGCCAUACUGCAAAGAGUGGAAUCAAAGUUAGUGUAUGAAAGUAGCGGGUACUACUGUAUUCUGCAGUGAAGAAGAGCAGAGUUUUACGGUGAAGACCCACUGCAAGUUAAUGAAUCACGCUACGUCACCUCCACCACUUGCUUGUCCUGGUGGCUGUUAACACAAGCUUUCUUGCUGGCAAACAUUGCGUAAUCAACCAAUUAUGUUCUCCAAUAAUCUAUGUGACUUUGUACCAAACAGCACUACAAUUAUGUGCUGUUCCUGCAGACAUUUGUCUUCAUCUGGUGAAGAGCAAACUUCAUGUGCCACCAUCACUUUUUCUUUGUCACUUUUUCUGCAAAUCACUACAGGGCUUCCAGGCGAAUUUCACCCUAAUCUGCGUGAAGUUAAUUAUUUUCUACUUUAAUUGGCAGCAUUCAUCAGACACAGUAAAACUAUAGAUUUUAUGAGGUCCAGUGUGUGUCUAGCCAGCCCAGAUAAAACAGGCUGUGUUCACAAAAGUCUUGCUGCCCUGUUCAUGUUGAUAACGACAAGGUUCUCAGAUUUUACCAUCAAGCACAGUAAAUUAUUAUAGACAGAAAACCCCAGUUUCAUGUUCAGUUCAUGUUUCAGAUUUUGAAACAUGUGGCACUUUGGCUUUCAAUGAAGAAAACAUUGAAUGAAACUUUUUAGGCAAUGCACAUGUUCCAGAAAGACUAAUCAACAUUUCUGCUUGUAACAAUAUUUAAUGAGUCACCUAACUGAUCUUGUUUUUCUGUGUGCAGUAAAUGUGGAUCAGAAUCACCGAAGUAUUUCCACUGAUCACAGGGAGAAUUGUGCCCUUGCAACUACAUGUAUUGCUUUACUGUAAAUGGGAAACUGUAUGGCUUCAUCUGUAGUUUGAAGCCAGGAUUGUUUUAUAUCUUAAUAUUGUCCACCCCUAUAACAGGCUCAUUUUAUGUUCCGUGUAGGCUUUCUGGUAUUUUACUAAUGCUAUAAAGUGCUAUAAUAUACCUUGCUCUUGAUUAUUAAAUAUUGAUAUCAUUGAU